AUGGCCACGGACAUACCAGGGUCAGUGACAUUGCCAGUGGCACCCAUGGCUGCUGGUCAAGUGAGAAUGGCAGGUUCUGUGCCUGCCAGAGGGGGAAAGAGGCGUUCUGGAAUGGACUUUGAUGAUGAAGAUGGUGAAGGACCCAGCAAAUUUUCAAGGGAGAACCAUAGUGAGAUCGAGAGACGCAGGAGGAACAAGAUGACCCAGUACAUCACCGAGCUCUCUGACAUGGUGCCCACCUGCAGCGCCUUGGCGCGCAAACCCGACAAGCUGACCAUCCUACGCAUGGCAGUGUCUCACAUGAAGUCCAUGAGGGGCACUGGGAACAAAUCUACCGAUGGAGCAUAUAAGCCUUCUUUCCUAACUGAGCAGGAAUUGAAGCACCUCAUCCUUGAAGCAGCUGAUGGUUUUCUCUUCGUGGUGGCUGCUGAAACAGGCCGAGUGAUCUACGUCUCGGACUCGGUUACGCCAGUUCUGAACCAGCCUCAGUCAGAGUGGUUUGGCAGCACCCUCUAUGAGCAGGUUCACCCGGAUGACGUAGAGAAGCUGAGGGAGCAGCUCUGUACCUCUGAAAACUCCAUGACAGGGAGGAUUUUGGAUUUGAAAACUGGCACAGUAAAGAAGGAGGGUCAGCAGUCUUCAAUGAGAAUGUGCAUGGGAUCCAGGCGUUCCUUCAUAUGCAGAAUGAGAUGUGGAAAUGCUCCAUUGGAUCAUUUACCUCUGAACAGGAUAACAACCAUGAGGAAAAGAUACAGAAACGGCCUGGGCCCAGUGAAGGAAGGAGAGGCACAAUAUGCUGUGGUUCACUGUACUGGGUACAUCAAGGCAUGGCCCCCAGCAGGAAUGACCAUACCAGAAGAAGAUGCUGAAGUGGGUCAAGGAAGCAAAUAUUGCCUGGUGGCGAUAGGAAGACUUCAGGUGACCAGUUCGCCGGUGUGCAUGGAUAUGAAUGGAAUGUCAGUCCCCACAGAAUUCUUAUCCAGGCAUAGCUCCGAUGGAAUAAUUACCUUUGUGGAUCCAAGAUGCAUCAGUGUUAUUGGCUAUCAGCCCCAGGAUCUUUUGGGGAAAGAUAUUUUAGAAUUCUGCCAUCCAGAAGAUCAAAGUCAUUUAAGAGAAAGUUUCCAGCAGGUGGUGAAGCUGAAGGGCCAGGUGCUCUCUGUGAUGUAUCGCUUUCGUACCAAGAACCGGGAAUGGAUGUUAAUUAGGACUAGCAGCUUCACAUUUCAGAACCCGUAUUCGGAUGAGAUUGAGUAUAUCAUCUGCACCAACACAAACGUCAAGCAGCUUCAGCAGCAACAAGCUGAGUUGGAAGUACACCAGAGAGAUGGACUUUCCUCCUAUGACUUAACUCAGGUGCCAGUUCCGAGUAUACAGUCUAAUGUUCAUGAGGGGGGGAAAGCAGUGGAAAAACCGGACACCAUCUUCACCCAGGAAAGAGAUCCAAGAUUUGCGGAGAUGUUUGCUGGCAUAACUGCUUCAGAUAAAAAGAUGAUGCCUUCAGCGUCCACAACAGGAAACCAGCAGAUCUACUCUCAAGGGAGCCCGUUUCAACCAGGACAUUCUGGGAAAUCUUUCAGCUCAUCUGUGGUCCAUGUGCCAGGUGUCAACGACAUCCAGUCCUCUUCAUCAACAGGCCAGAACCUAUCACAGAUUUCUCGGCAGUUAAAUCAAAGCCAAGUUGCCUGGACAGGAAGUCGCCCUCCAUUCUCUGGACAGCAAAUCCCUUCACAAGCCAGCAAGGCACAAUCAUCCCCCUUUGCCAUUGGAUCCAGCCAUACUUACCCUGCUGAUCCAGCUUCCUUCAGCCCCCUUUCCAGUCCAGCUACGUCUUCUCCAAGUGGAAAUGCCUAUUCCAGCCUAGCUAACAGGACGACAGGCUUCGCUGAGAGCAGCCAAAGUAGUGGACAGUUUCAAGGGCGGCCUUCAGAGGUCUGGUCCCAGUGGCAAAGCCAGCACCAUAACCAGCAGAACAGCGAGCAGCAUCCUCACCAGCAAACCAGCCAGACAGAAGUGUUCCAGGAUAUGCUACCUAUUCCAGGGGAUCCAACCCAAGGGACUGGCAAUUACAACAUAGAAGACUUUGCUGAUUUGGGCAUGUUUCCACCAUUUUCUGAGUAAAUUUAUCUUGCCA